AUGAGCGAGGCGUCGUCUUCUCCGCGCUCUGUUAGCUCUAGCGCGACAUCAUCUACGCCUGUCGCUCGCGGAAGUCGACAACGUGCACAACAAACGCUCACUUGUGUAUCAGUGAUGGACAUUCUUCAAACUUUACCACUUACCGCUGCUGGUCGACCCGCACUCUUUGGUAACGAGGUAGAAAUUUACAGUGAGGAGCAUAUUGGUCUGUAUGACCGAACAUUUAAGACGCAAUAUGUGCGUGGCCGAUGCUCGGUCACCACACACCGCCUCUUCUAUAUGGACGAAACGUGCUCACCACCCGUGGCGUUUUUUGUUCCACUGGAGUGGAUCACUCGUGUUACGAAGGAGGCGGGCUUCUUACAACGCUCUGCAAAAGUGCGAUUAGACAUGACUACUCGCACGCAACCACUGGUCUCUUCAUUUUUAAAGCUAUCAUUUAAAGAUGGAGGACGCGACGAUUUCUUUAAUCCCUUAGAAGCUUCGCUCAAACGAAAAGCGUGGAACGACUCACAGCCGAGUCAUUUGUCAGAUCGGCGAUUGGUAAAGCGGCAAUUUAAUGCUGCAGAUGCAGGAAUUGCUGGUAUCAUUCGUCGCCAGCAAGAAGCGCAGCUAGAGACAACAGAAUUGGCAGCUACAGCGUUUUCAGAUUUGGCUAAUCUAAUGCUUAAGGCGAAAGAUAUGGUCAGCUUGAUUGAGCGGUAUGUCGACACGCAGAAAAUGGGGGGAACGAAUGGAGAAGAUAUAACUCAAACGUCUAAUGAAGAUGAUAUCAACAAGUUAAGCUCGCUGAUGCUGGAUAUGGGUAUAAACAGUCCAGUCACGCGUGAGAAUUCAGGUGCGGCCUAUUACGAGCAAUUGGCAAGACAGCUAGCAGAAUUCCUUGGCGACUAUAUGCCGAAGAAUGGAGGGAUCAUGACCUUAUCGGAUAUCUAUUGCAUGUUCAAUCGAGCACGAGGCGUCGAGUUGGUAUCUCCUGACGAUCUGUAUCAUGCAGCGAUGUUGCAGAAGGGACUGAAGCUUGGCUACAGUAUGCGUAAAUUCGCUGGCGGAUUGAUUGUGCUACAAACUGACUCACAUCGCGAAGACAAGGUGGCCGAACGUCUUGUUAAGAUGGCGCAAAAAUCAAGUUCUGGCUACAUCAGUUCGACCGACGUGUCGGUUGAGAUGCAUACAUCCCUUCCGUUAGCCUGGGAAUAUUUGAAGGUAGCAGAAGAGCUUGGGAGGCUUUGUCGUGACGAAACGUUCGAAGGAACCAAUUUUUAUCCGAACAAAUUUAUUCAGUUUGUGGUAGGUGCUGAAAGGUGUUCACAUUUUGAAUCGUAG